AUUAUGGGAGGACAUCCGUCACUAGAGGACCUGUAAUGGAAAAGUUUUCCACUUUUCCUAAUAAAUAUUGCAACAUUGUGCAGCAUUCUAUGAGCUUCUUCAUUCACUAGAUCCUCUUAGGCCAGCACCAUGGAUGCACCUUCUUUGCACAUAGCAAUGUUUCCAUGGUUUGCAAUGGGGCACCUAACCCCAUGUCUCCACCUCUCUAACAAAUUAGCAAAAAGAGGCCACAAAAUCUCCUUCUUCAUCCCCAAAAGAACACAAACCAAGUUACAACAUCUCAACCUUCACCCUCACCUCAUCACCUUCAUCCCCAUCACUGUUCCUCACGUUGAUGGCCUUCCCCAUGAUGCUGAAACCACUUCAGAUGUGCCCUUUUCGUUAUUCCCACUCAUCGCGGCCGCCAUGGAUCGCACACAGAAUCAUAUCGAAACUCUUCUGAGAGAGCUAGUCCCACAAAUUGUUUUCUUUGAUUUCCAGCAUUGGCUACCCACCUUGACUCAGAAACUGGGAAUCAAAUCCAUACAAAACUGGAUAGCUAAUCCAUUAUCAAUUGCUUACUUCUGGAACGGGCCAAGACAGAGCCAAGGAAAAGAAUUAACUGAACUUGAUCUGAAGAAACCACCACCGGGGUUCCCUGAUUUAUCUAUCAAGCUUCAUUCACAUGAGCUUCGAUUCCUAGCCGCCACCCGGAAAAUUGAAUUUGGCAGUGGCGUUUUGUUGUACGAUCGAUUGAACAUAGGUACAAGCUCGUCAGAUGCACUUGGGUUCAAAGGUUGCAGUGAAAUUGAUGGUGUUUAUGCAGAGUAUCUUGAAUCUGUAUAUAACAAGCCUGUUCUGCUCUUUGGGCCUCUUUUACCAGAGCAAUCCACGUCCACUUUAGAUGAAAAAUGGGUUUCAUGGCUUGGAGGAUUUAAUUCUGGUUCUCUGAUUUUCUGUGCAUAUGGAAGUGAAGGUCCAUUACAGAAAAAUCAGUUUCAGGAGUUGUUGCUUGGUCUUGAGCUAACAGGUUUUCCAUUUCUUGCAGCACUUAAGCCUCCUUCUGGAUUUGAUUCUAUUGAAGAAGCUCUUCCUGAAGGAUUCAAAGAAAGGGUUCAAGGAAGAGGGAUUGCAUAUGGAGGUUGGAUUCAGCAGCAAUUGAUUUUAGGACACCCUUCUGUUGGUUGCUUCAUAACACACUGUGGAGCAGCUUCUAUAACUGAGGCACUUGUGAAUACUUGUCAGAUGGUGUUGCUUCCGCGAGUAGGCGCUGAUCAUGUCAUGAAUGCGCGAAUGUUGAGUGCGAAGUUGAAGGUUGGGGUUGAAGUGGAGAAAGGUGAAGAAGAUGGGUUGUUCACUAAAGAAAGUGUUUGCAGAGCUGUGAAAAUUGUGAUGGAUGAUGAGAGUGAGCUUGGAAAAGAAGUGAGAGCAAAUCAUAGCAAAGUGAGAAACUUCUUAAUAGGAGACAAUUUGGAGUCCUCGUGUAUUGACAGUUUCUGUAACAAGCUUCAAGAUUUACUCUAAAGUCUGGGUUUCAGCUUUCAAUUACACAAACUGAAUUGAUCAAUAUGUAUUAUGUGCAUCUUCAGAUACACUGCAAAUUUUCAUGUUGGAAGGAGAAUUAAUUCCGGAAAAAGCUACUUCUAGUAACUUUUUUGGGAGCUGAAUUGAUUUUAGAA